ACUGACCUGUCAGAGAUGUUAGCAGAGGGGACCAAGGAUGCCCACGACAGAGCAGAGAACUGCCAGUUUGUCAAAGACUUCCUCAGAGGCCGCAUCAAAAGGGAGCUGUUUAAGAGAGGCACUGCAGCUCUAUACUUCGUCUACUCGGCCAUGGAAGAGGAGAUUGAGAAGAACAAAGAUCAUCCUCAGAUCGCUCCAAUCUAUUUCCCUGCAGAGCUGCACAGGCGCGAGGCUCUUGGUGAGGACCUCGAGUACUUCUAUGGAGAGGACUGGCAGACCCAGAUCAGCCUCUCUGCAGGCACCAAGCCUUACGUGGACCGCAUCCAUGAGGUAGGUGAGCAGGAUCCAGUGUUGUUGGUGGCCCACUCCUACACACGCUACAUGGGAGACCUCUCAGGUGGACAGAUCCUCAAGAAGGUGGCCCAGAGGGCACUGAAGCUCCCCUCAACCGGU